AUGUCACUGUCCAAUGGAGCUGAUUCAACUGCCACUUCCAAGCAGCAGAAACCUCAGCUGCCGAGCCCCUUUGAUCUCACCGACUCCGAGAUCCUUGAGAAAGUUUAUCUCACCCACCUCCAUGAUGAUGACAAGUGCGAUGCAGAUGUCCUUUUCGACAUUGUGUCCAGUGUUGUACUUAAGACAAGGUUAGCUGAAGGCAAAGCUUAUCAGACCGUUUUCCGACCAGAGUUUCAUACAAUGAAGCGGAUUUCUAGUCAGAUGAUAACCACACCUCGUGGUGAACGUUAUGUGCACCAAACAACAAUGUGCAUUCUUCAUCACCUCAGAAGCUAUUCGUGGGAUGCGAAGGCACUAGUAACUCUAGCUGCUUUCGCUUUGGAGUAUGGGAACCUUUUGUACCUCAGUGAUGUUGCAACGCCAGAUAACCUUCUUACAAACUCGUUGAAACAACUGAAUCAAAUUCAAACCAGAAAGGACCCUGCGACAUUGGUGGCGGAGGUGAUGAAAGUGCUCCGUAGCAUCCAAGAGUGGGAAAGAUUGUCUUCUUUUGGUUAUGACAUACUGGAUGUACCAUCUUUGUCUGAUGCCCUGCAAGAGGUCCCUGUUGUUGUAUAUUGGAUAAUUGCUUCCCUUACUUCUGCUACUGGCAACCUCAUUGGUGUCUCGGACUAUAAAUUAUCAGAUUUUGUGGAGAGGCUUUCUUCUGCUGCUUCUAGAUUCAAGGAACAUCUGAAAUUGAGCGGAGAGCAAAAAGGUAAUGCAGAUGAAAACUACAAGCGCAAGAAGGCAUUUGCUAAUCCCAAAGAUAUUGUACAACUCUUGAAGCUUCUGAUCCAAUAUAAUGAAUCUAAGGUCAAAAUAUAUGAUGGCAGCAUAAAAAACGAAGUGGAUAUUGAAGUCUUCGACCAGAAAUAUGUCUUGUUGUUCAUUUCAAGCCUCGACAAGAUUAAAGAUGAGAUUUCACUUUUAAAUUCAAUCUAUGACAGAUUGCAGGAAAAUCCAAAUGAAAUAAUAAAAAAUUACAAGAAAGAGGAUUUCAAGAUAUUGUGGAUUCCGAUCGUGACUUCCUGGGACGACAAGCAAAGACUCGAAUUCAAUGCGUUAAAGGAUACCAUCAAAUGGUACGCAGUGGAGUUCUUCACUGAGCUACCAGGCACUGACCUAAUAUAUGAGAAAUUUAAUUACAGGGGUAAACCUAUUAUCCCAGUCCUCACCCCCCUAGGUGACACGUUGAAUGAUGAUGCUAUGGACUUGAUUUUUCAAUGGGGGAUCGACGCGUUCCCCUUUAGGAAAAUUGAUGGUAUUGAUCUUACUCUAAAAUGGAAGUGGUUCUGGGAUGCAACAAAGAAAGCAAAUCUUGGAAUACAACAGGUCACCGGGGACAGGUAUAUUUUCAUCUAUGGAGGUGCUGACAAAAAUUGGAUCCAAGACUUCGCAGUGGCAGUGGAAAAAACCAAAGGGCAUGCAAUUAUCUUGAACACUGACACUAUAAUAGAUCACUAUCAGUUGGGGAAGGAUGACCCCAGAGUUGUUCCUCGUUUCUGGAUCGAAGUAGAAAGGAAGAGACUGAAGAAGCAUAAGGAUGUGGUGGACUGUGAGAUUCAAAAAAUCGUGAGGACCUUGCUUUGCCUUAAACAAGACCAACAAGGAUGGGCUAUUCUUACCAAAGGCUCUAACGUGAGGGUUCUGGGUCACGGUGAGCCUAUGCGCCAAACUUUGGUUGAGUUUGAUGCAUGGAAAGAUAAAGUGUUUCAAAAAGAAGGCUUUGACGUAGCCUUCGAUGAAUACUAUAAGAUCAAGCUCAACGAGAUAUACGCUCGUCAACAAUGUGCUAUUGUUAAAAAUAAUGCAGAUGUCCUGGUGACUAUAACAUGCCCAAAUCCCACAUGUGGCCGUGUGAUGGAGGUGACUUCUGUUAAUUACAAGUGUUGCCAUCGUGAUGCUCCGAAAAGUGGCAACAUCUGA